CUGUCGUUCCGGAGCCCCGGGCACGCGCCGCCGGGCCGGCUCCCCCGGCCAGCCGCGGUGGAGCGGCCCCUGGGUGGGGGCGGGGGCUCGAGGAUUUCGGUUGAUGGCGGCAGCGCAGCAGCGUCUCGUUACUUCCCCGCGGCGGCGUCGGCCUCGGGCGGGUUCCCCUUCCCUGGCGUCAGGUGGUGUUUGUUAGUGAUGAAAACAAGCCAUUUCUUAAUUUGUUGGAUGUAAAGCAUCUUAAACAUGGAGAACUUUAUUUUAUAUGAAGAGAUUGGAAGAGGAAGCAAGACAGUUGUUUAUAAAGGAAGAAGAAAAGGCACUAUUAAUUUUGUUGCUAUUCUUUGCACUGAUAAAUGCAAAAGAGCUGAAAUAACCAACUGGGUUCGUCUUACACAUGACAUUAGACACAAGAACAUAGUAACAUUUCAUGAAUGGUAUGAAACAAGCAACCAUCUCUGGCUUGUAGUGGAAUUAUGCACAGGUGGUUCACUAGAAAUGGUUGUUGCGCAAGAUGAACAUCUACCUGAAGAUGUGGUGAGAGAAUUUGGUAUUGAUUUGGUUACUGGAUUACAUCACAUUCAUGACCUUGGAAUUAUCUUCUGUGAACUCACACCUGGAAAGAUACUUCUGGAAGGGCCUGGCACACUGAAGUUCAAUAAUUUUUGCCUGGCUAAAGCAGAGGGUGAAAAUUUGGAAGAAUUUUUUGCUUUAAUUGGAUCAGAGGAAGGAGAUGGUGAUGGCUGUGAAAGCACUCCACAAAGAAACAUGAAAAAUAAACUCAAAGGAUCGCCUGUAUACACCGCUCCAGAAGCAAUAAAGGGAGCUGACUUCUCCAUAGCUAGUGAUCUGUGGUCAUUGGGCUGUUUGCUUUACGAAAUGUUUUCAGGAAGACCUCCAUUCUUCUCUGAAAGCUUUUCUGAAUUAAUUGAACAGAUUUUAUAUGAAAAUCCUUUGCCACCUAAACCUAAAGGUUCUGCUCUUCCCAAACCUUCUUCACACUUCCUUAGUUUGCUGGAUGGUUUGCUUCAAAAGGAUCCUCAAAAGAGAUUGAACUGGACAGACCUGUUACAGCAUCCAUUCUGGAAAGAUGCUUUCAACAGAUAUGAUGGUGAUUCCGCAAAUAGCCGGGACAUAAGCUCAAGUGAAACCACGGAGUUGUUUGUAUCUAGAGAUACCAAGGACCCAUUGGAUACCCAUAACAAUUCAAAUGACAUGUCAUCCUCACGAGCAGAUAAGCAACUUAAUAAAUCUUUCAAACUAGAAAAUCCAUCUGAGUUGCAGCCUAAAAGUGCACCUGGUGGUGAAUCAAAUGAGUCCAUAUUUCUUCUUAGCUCUCGUCCAACUCCGAGGACUAGCACUGCAGUAGAAAUGAAUAGUGCUGCUGCUGCCUUAACUCAGAAUUCAGAACGAAGAACUUUAUGCUUGACAAAGGGUAAAAAUGUACACUCAAGCCAGCAGGACAUGGAGUCCAAGAUGAAAGAGCUCAUCUACACAGAAUCUGACCUUUUUGUAACCCCUAUUAUUGACAAUCCAAAGAUAAUGAAACAAGCACCAGUUAGAUUUGACUUAAAAAUGUUACAUAUACCAGCACAUUCAGUUGAGAAGCUAUCCUCUCUGAAAGAAAUGGACUGGAAUGACUUUUUGCAACAAAUGUGCUCAUUGAUUGACUCCACUGAGAAGAACACAGGGGCAACACGAGCUAAAUUGAAUUUGCUAUGCUAUCUCUGCACUGUGGCUGGCCACAAGGAAGUAGCAACCAGGUUAAUCAGCUCACAGCUGUUCCCAUUGUUAAUACAACAGUUGCGGGCAGCUCCAAAUUGGGAUAUACGUGCCAAAGUAGCCAGAGUGAUUGCUUUACUGGCAUUGCAUACAACUGAACUUAAAGAAAAUGUACCUGUUACUGAGGCAGUCAUGCUCCUAACUGAAGUGAUCAGGGAAAACUUCAGGAACAGCAAAUUGAAACAAUGCCUUUUACCCGCCCUUGGGGAGGUGCUUUUCCUGAUAGCUAGUCAGGAAGAAAAAAAGGAGCACCACAGAGAAUGCUGGGUCGUUCCCUUGGCUGCUUACACUGUGCUAAUGAGGUGCCUUCGGGAAGGGGAAGAACGUGUUGUGAAUCAUAUGGCGGCGAAGAUUGUUGAAAAUGUUUGCACCACUGAUUCAUUUCAUGCACAGGGAUUUAUUACAGGAGAAAUUGGACCUGUUUUAUGGUACCUUUUCAGACAUUCCACUGUAGAUUCUCUGAGGAUAACAGCUAUUUCGGCUUUAUGCAGGAUUACUCGUCACUCACCCAGUGCUUUCCAGAGUGUGAUUGAAAAGGUUGGGUUAAUGGCUGUUAUAAACUCAUUGGCAACUGGAAUAUGUAAAGUUCAACAGUACAUGCUGACCAUGUUUGCUUCUAUGUUGUCAUGUGGGAUUCAUCUUCAGAGACUGAUUCAAGAAAAGGAUUUUGUGACUACCAUUAUCCGUUUAUUUGAAAGUCCAUCGACUUCCAUUCGAGCAAAAGCCUUUCUGGUCCUGUUACAGGUUUUAAUUAAUAACAGAGAGAUGUUACUGCUCAGUUGCCAAGCAAGAUUGGUGAUGUACAUUGAAAGAGACAGCAGAAAGGCUACACCAGGAAAAGAGCAGCAAAGCGGCAAUGAAUACCUGUCAAAAUGCCUGGACCUUCUCAUCUAUCACAUUGUGCAGGAGCUGCCAGGAAUCCUAGGUGAUAUUCUUAGUGCCCUAGCUAAUGUCUCUGGACGUAAACAUCCAUCAACAACUCAGGCCAAACAGCUGAAGAUGUGCCUUCCCAUGAUGCCAAUAGUUCUUCACCUUGUGACAUCCCAGGUAUUCCGUCCUCAGAUUGUAACCGAGGAGUUUCUUUUAAACUAUGGAACUUUGCUUAAUUUUAUCAAAUCAAUAGAUUUGGGAGAAACUAACUUAGAUGGAGCAAUAGGUCAAACUGCAUCAGAAGAACUAAUUAAGACCACUUUAUCAGCAUUCGAUGUGGUAACACAGCAUCCAGUCUUGUUGACGCUCCACCGCUCAACAGUUGUGGACUAUAUCGUCCCACCCUUAGUUUCUUUGGUCCGUAGUCAGAAUGUGGAAUGGAGACUCUUCAGCUUGCGGUUGCUUUCAGAAACCACAUCACUGCUUGUGAGCCACGAGGUCAUGGCUGAGGAGAAAGAGGAGAGCCUUGACUCAAACAACAAGCUUCUGUGUCUCAUUAGAGAUUCAUUGCUGCCUCAAUAUGAGCACAUUCUAAUGGCACCUGACCCAGUACCAGUGUAUGCCCUGAAACUGUUGGUAGCCCUGACUGAACAUAGCCCUGCGCUUACUAGCCUUGUUGAAGAAAGUAAUCUUGUUCCAGUACUUUUCCAAGUUAUUUUGGAGCACCAGGACAGUGUGCUGGGUAAUACCAUGCAGAGUGUAAUUGCAUUAUUGAAUAAUCUGGUUGCCCACAAAAAUACAAACAUGACUUUACUUUAUGAACAAGGACUGGUCCAUCACAUUUGUAAUCUCUUAAUAGAAACUGCAGCUCUGUAUUUAGAAGUGGAUGAUAAAAGCAACAUCAAGACAGCUAAUGGGCUGUUGCUGUCCUUGCUUGACGUUUUGCAUUGCAUGCUGAUAUAUACAGCGAACGUCAUCCGCCUGACUUUACAGGCACAAAAAUCUGGCACAGGAGGGGACACCCAGGCUGCUGAAGACCUUCUGCUUAUCAAUAAACCCCUGACAGACCUAAUUAGCCUGCUUAUUCAGCUGCUUCCUAGUGACGACACUGAAAUAUAUGAGACUGCAUCACAAUGCUUGUCAUUGUUGGUUCAGCUGUAUGGAGGAGACAACUUGGACAGUAUGUCUCCAGAAAACAUGGACAGCUUUGCUGAAGUAUUGAAGUCCAAGAGGGAUCUAAAACAGCAGAAGCUUUUGUUGAGAAUCAUCAAAAGAUUGGUAACUUCAAACAAGAAGCACUCUGAGAGCCUGAAGAAUGAUGGUGACAGUCUUAUCCACAUUCUAGAGAGACUGGCCCAAACUGCCAGCUCCCAUGCCGAUAUUGCUGUUGCUUCCUUGGCUUUUGAAAUUCUUAGAACAGUUGGACGCUAAAAGAUCAAGGCUACCAGAUCAAUCAUCACUCCACAGUCCUGACUGAAUGCACAAAACACUGGCAUGGUGAAUUCCUCAGUCUUGUUUUAGGAUAUUUAUGAAUGAGUGUUGUAGUACGAAUUUGAUAAGAAAUCUGUGUGUGUAUGUAUUCACUUAUCUGUAUAAGAAUAGGGGAAAAGUGGGGAAAACUUGCUUUUAAAAGAAUGAGCAUUUGUCCAUUAUCUUGCUUAAAUUAGCACAACCUACAGUUUGAGGGGAUUUUUUAAGUGUCCUACAGCCACGUACUGAAGAAUAUAAAUUUGAAAAAUUCCAUUUCUUUCACAAAUAUGUUUAGGGGAGAAGUAUUUUCAUUCCACCUAAAUUGUGGUAUAUUUUCCAAGUUUUUGAUCAGAAUUAGAAUGCCUUAGCUGAUCAUCCUUAUUUGAAACAUCUACAGUUUGUUAUAGGUGAAUACUUUUGCACAUGUAAAGAUUUCUGAAGUGCUUUGCAAAUGUUAAUGACUCAAUCUGAAAACACUGCAGGGAGUUGGUAUCAUCCCCAUUUACAGAUGGAAAAUGAGCAUAGGGAGUGACUGAUUUCCAAAUGUCCCACAGAAAGUCUGGGAUGGAGCCAGGAACAGAACCCAAAUCUUCUGGCACUGAGUCAUGUAGUUUAAAGGCAAUUUGCAAAACCAAAUACAUUACAGUGUUCUGGUUAAAAGCGUACAAUAAAUGACUUUGCACUUCUAUAUUGCAGUGAUUUCUCGUUAAUAAUUGCUCUAUACACAAGUCAACUUGUGGCACUUUUCUUAAACUAUUUUGAUAUACUUCAGUAUAUCCCAGAUUCUGUUUUGACUAUAAAGAAAAUAUUAAUUAAAAAAUUUCAAACUGAGACAGACCAAGCUACCUGUAGUAGAUUUGUUUGAAUGUUCUCCCUCACUCUCCUACUUCAUUCUUCCACAAAGUUGUGCUUGUUUUGACACAUUUGCUGCAGUAGUGAUUGUAACCAAUUACAAAUUUAGCAUUAAUUUCACAGGAGGGUUAAAUGCCUACUCUGACAUUUUCCUACUGCUUUACUUUUGCAGGCAAGCACUGAAUUUCGAUGAGACAUUGAAGCUUGAUAGUAAUAAUUUUUACUUUUCAUUAGCAGUUCCCAUAUGAUAUUGUUGCUUGGGCUUUGAAAUUCUCUAACGAGUUGGACAUGGAAAGAUCAGUGCUAACAGAACAAGUAUCACACCAUACACAUUGAAAUCACUUUUUUAAUUAAUAAUAUCUUGUUUACAAUGGCAGGAACAAUUAAGAAUAUUGCAUGAUAAGUUACUAAUUUGUUUUUAGUCUAGUUCCUCUUUAAGUGACAAAGUCCUUCUUCAAAGGUACAUGGUGACUAUUGACAGAAUAGCUAGCCAUACUGCUUCAUUGGUCUAUAUAUUAAAGGACAUUGCCAUUCCCAAUGCCUCCCUCAGUGACUUACAGGGGUAUCCUUAAGCUAGUGGAAGUACAUUUUAAGCCCAGUUUUGUGUUCUAAAUGACAGGUAUGCAUGCCCUAGCAUGAUGUCAUGACAUGUAUAGGUUGCAUUAAAUGCCUAGCAUUUGAAAAAUUGAUUUGUUAGGUACUUAUGUUUCAGUGGGCAGCUCCUGAAUUUAAUGCUGAUUUCCCUAGUAAAUCAGUUGCACUAGGGUUUUUUUAACCUAUGCUAUUUUAGAUGGGUAUUAAAAGAUUCUAUAGAACUUAUACACUAAUAUGCACUGGGCUCAAGUUUGUGGUCUCUGCAGGCUCAAGUGCAUUGUCAAGGUGGUGAUUGCAAGCUAGGGCUCAAAGGAAUGGCUUUUUACAACUCAGAAUCAAACUGAGUUGUUUUACUGCUGAAGUCUGCACUAGAUGCUCCCAACUGCAGGUAAGAUUGAAACUGCUGUUAGGGUGUGUUAUCUUAAAUAUGUUCUUCUGUUUUUUUAAAACAGUCUAAUUGAGAGAAAGUGG